AUGUCGUUAUCAAAAAGGUGUAUUGUAGAGAAUUAUACUUGGAUUGGUGAAGACGAACCUGUCCACUUUUUUACAAAUAUAGUCGAGGAAAAGGAAGAAGAUUUUGGAGAAGAUUCCACUGAAGAAGAUAAUGAUACUUUCCUGGAAGAAACAUUUCUUGACGAUGAAUACUGCAUUAGAGAAGAAGUACAUGAAAAAUUUAAAAGGUGCAUGUACAUUCUAUAAAUAGUAUUGAUUGUACGGAAUUUGUGUCAAACAUAACUUUAAAAAGUCUUUAGGUGGAAAUGAAAUUAAAAAGGGUGGAAUUGUAGUUAAACUCUUUUAAAGCACGGCCAUUAAUCUUAGUACGUGCACGUACUAAAUAGAUUUCCAUGGUUGCACGGCGCAUAUGGGAUUGCUGGCCCUAACGAAAAAUUUCCACGUUCUCAUUUCUAUGUAACUGUGGAAAAAGGGAAGAAGGAAUCUGAAAUUUUGAAUGAUAUUAAAGCUGCAUUUGAUUGUGAACCAAGUGACUACUUUGAACUUCUUCCUGAACCCGAGAAACCCAUGAAGUUUAAGUUUCUAUUGAAGCCGACACCUGGGGGAGGUAUCGCAGUUAAAGAAGAUGGACCAAAUCCUUUACAACCAUUAAAUGAUAUUGAGGACGAAGAAUCAAGCACCUGUCGGGCAUCAGGAACAUUAACCAUGUUCUGCUGUAAGAAUGAUAAACACUACGCACUUACCUGUUUUCAUGUGGGUGUUAUCACUGAUAAACAACGGUUUGACCGAGCAUUCAAUCAGCAAGAUGUUUUGGACAUACGCAAAUCGCGAUCAAUUGAAUGGCAUAAAGAAUAUGCCAAGAAAAAAAUUACGUAUUGCUAUCGCGAAAAGGAAAUUGGCAAUACCGAUGAAAAUGAAAACGCUGUCAACUCUGCCAACCGUAGUGAUCUUGGUACGUUUUCCAAGGGUUCCUUUGACGAAGUAUCUGACAUUAUGUCUAUAGAAGUUGAUAAAGAUAUCAAAGUUGAUUGCACAGUGGCAGACAUAGAUUCUCCCGUCUGGGCGAGAAUAUGGCAGGAACUAAAUAAAAGAGUUAAUCGCAAACGAGGAAUAGUUCCUGUGAGAGUGCAGAAACUCGGUUAUUCGUCAAAUCUAACGGAUGGAUAUAUCGAUAAUAUUAAUUUUUCUUACAAUCAUGAAGGUGAACUUUUGUUCAGAGAUGCAAUCGCUGUGAAAAGUGAUUCAAGAAAAUUUUUGCAUGCUGGUGACUCUGGAGCUUUAAUAUGUUAUCUAGAUUCAAAAAACAAAAAACAAGCGUUCGCUUAUGGUGUCUGCGAAAUAGACAAAAAUGAUUCGGAUGAAGAAGUUGUAGUUUUUCGUGACGAAAAUGAGCCACCAUCGAAUGAAACCGACAAAUCAUUGUUCAUUUGUUUGAGAUUAAAUACAGCUAUGAGGAAUUUGGAACUUUCACGUGAGACGGGAUGUUUCAACGAAUGUGGCAGCAGUCAAGAAGGUAGGUACAGGCAUUCACAAAAUCAAAGAAUUUUUUUAUUGACUUCUUGUAAGAAAUUGAAAACGAGUUCCGUGAGUUUAUGGUGUGAUAAUACUCGCUGGGAAUAUUGGUAGAAUACGAGAGAAGUAAAAAACGAGGCGUAAUCGAGUGUUUUACACAUUUCUUGAGUAUUCUUCCAACAUUCCCCGAGUGCAUUAUCAUACCAUAAACGCACGAGACGAGCUUUUCUAUUUCUUUUAUAAUAUAAAUAGAAGAUAUUAUUACAUAGUAAACAAUUUUACUCAAAAGAUCGACAUUGAAAUCCUUCUAACAUGUACUCACUGACGUCACGCGCAUACUUUUACUGUGGAUUGAAUUUUUAAGCAAGCAAAGGAGCAAAAAGAAUGCAAAAUUUUGAUGCUAUUGUUGCGGAGAAACUGUUUAAAAUGCUUGGGGAAACCUCGAGUGAUACACAGACUAAUUUGCUGUUUUUUCCAUUUCUUUCUGGGCUGCUGGAUUUGCCAUGAUCAUGAAAGACGUUAAAUCGUGGGUUUCAUCGUGUUACUCAGUUUUAAUUUUUGAAAUUAUGUUCGCCAAAUAUAUAUCUGGCAGUUUUUAUCAGAAGCAUUAAAGGCACUUUAUAAAUCACUUAUGUUCAAUGUUUUUGGUGUUCGUUUAUCCUUUUCAAGGAUUUUAUCGGCUAUUUUGCACAGAAAACUAGUCGAGACAAAAUUACAAAAACAAAUUCGACGAAUGCCAUGACCAUAUAUCCAAAUGGGGUGUUUGGGGUAUUCCAACGGGAUGUUUGGGGGUGCCCUAAUUGGGUGUUUGUGGAUGUUUCGGGGGUGUAUGGGGGUACGGGGUACCCCAAGGGGGUAUUUGGGACCAUUUCUGACUAUUACUAUAAAACUAUGUGAAUAUAACUAGAACAUAAUAACUACGACAUAGUCCUCCUCCUCUCCUUCUCUUUUCCUCCUCUUCUGCUCCUCCUCUUCUGCUCAUCCUCUUCUUCUUCUCCUCUCCGAAUUUUCCCUUCUUCUUCUCCCCUCCUCCACUUCCCCUCCUCUUCCUCGAUCCCUUCUGCUCCUUAUCCUCUUCUCCUUCUCCUUUUGUCUUUCUCCUCUUUCUUUCCUCUGCUCCUCAGCUCUUCUCUGCGUUGCUCUCCCCCUCUUCCUCACACCCCGUCCUCCAACCAUCCCAAUUCAGUACCCCAAAACACCCCAAUACCCCAAAUGUUUGGGGCACUACAACGGUAUUCGGGUGUUUUAAAAUACCCCAAUGGGAUGUUUGGGAUACGGAGCUAGCUGAAGAGGAGGAAAAGAAAGAGGUAGAGAGGAGGAGAAAAAGAAGAGGAGCAGAAGGGGUGGUGAAGGAGGUAGGAGGAGAAGUGGAGGAGGUGGCUUUGACGUCGACCAUGGUUAUGCACAAUCAUACAGUUAAAUGUCGGCUAACGAUUUAG